AUGUCUGACGGAGGAAAUUUAGAGGUGUUUAAGGCUGAAAUGCUAACCUUCAGCUUCUGGGACUAUGGGGUCUUUGGCCUCAUGUUGCUGAUCUCCACCAGCAUAGGUCUCUUCUACGCCCUCUCCAAAGGAGGCCAGAGGACCUCCGACGACUUCUUCACAGGGGGCCGGCAGAUGUCCGCAGUGCCGGUCGGGCUCUCCCUCUCCGCCAGCUUCAUGUCGGCCAUCCAAGUGUUGGGGGUCCCUGCUGAAGCAUACCGUUAUGGCAUGAAAUUCUUGUGGAUGUGUCUGGGGCAGGUGCUCAACACCCUCCUGACGGCUUACCUCUUCUUGCCAGUCUUCUAUCGCCUGGGGCUCACCAGCACCUACGAGUAUCUGGAGAUGAGAUUCUCCAAGAAAGUCCGGCUGUGUGGAACAAUCCAGUACAUUAUUGCCACGAUGCUGUACACUGGAAUUGUCAUCUAUGCUCCAGCUCUGAUCCUCAACCAAGUGACUGGGCUAGAUAUCUGGGCAUCUCUUCUUUCCACUGGAGUAAUCUGUACGUUUUACACCACCAUAGGUGGAAUGAAAGCUGUCAUCUGGACGGACGUCUUCCAGGUGUUUGUUAUGCUCUCGGGUUUCGUGGCCAUCUUGAUCCGGGGCACGAUCCUGGUUGGAGGCCCAGGCCAAGUCUUGUCCAUUGCGUACAACAACUCCAGGAUCAACUUUGCCGAUUUCAACCCGGACCCUCGGAGCCGCUACACCUUCUGGACUUUAAUUUUUGGUGGGACGAUGGUUUGGCUUUCCAUGUAUGGUGUGAACCAGGCCCAAGUCCAGCGUUAUGUUGCCUGCAAGACUGAGAAGGAGGCAAAACUAGCUCUCCUCGUCAAUCAAGUGGGCCUCUUCUUCAUCGUCUCCUGUGCGUUGGGCUGUGGCAUUGUGAUGUUUGCUCUCUACAAGGACUGUGACCCUCUCUUGGCUGGCUACAUCUCUGCACCUGACCAGUACAUGCCGUAUUUGGUCCUGGAUAUCUUCGAGAAAUACCCAGGAGUACCUGGCCUUUUCCUGGCCUGUGCGUACAGUGGAACUCUGAGCACAGCAUCCACCAGCAUCAAUGCCAUGGCUGCGGUCACGGUGGAAGACCUCAUCAAGCCUUACAUGCCACGCUUGCCGCCACGGAAACUUACACUCAUCUCCAAAGGGCUCUCACUGAUCUACGGCACAUCAUGUAUCACGGUUGCGGCCUUGUCCUCAUUACUCGGAGGUGGAGUGCUGCAGGGUUCCUUCACUGUCAUGGGUGUUAUCAGUGGGCCCCUUCUGGGAGCAUUCAUCUUGGGGAUGUUCAUACCUGCUUGCAACACAGUGGGUGUGUUCUGUGGCCUUGGGGUCGGAGUUGCCCUCUCCUUCUGGAUAGCCGUGGGAGGCACCAUAUACCCACCCAGUGAUGCCACCAUGGGUGUGCUCCCAUCCUAUGGAAACUUCUGCCCCCUCUACAACGCCUCUGCAGGAGCCAAUAGCACCAUUGUGUUUGGGCCGUUGCCCCCGCAGAACUUCUCAGAACUCCCAGAGAGACCUGCCAUUGCGGAAGACUUCUAUGCGAUUUCUUAUCUCUAUUACGGUGCCUUGGGAACACUGACCACGGUUAUCAUCGGGGUCCUGGCGAGCUGCCUGAAAGGUCCUGCUAAAAGGAGUGGAAAGCAACCAGGCGUGCUGUGGUGGGACGUCAUGAAGCAGACCUCCUUGGUCGCCCCAGAGGAUGCACAGAAACCUUUCAGCAAGGUUGCUUUGACCUCUCCCGGCCUGCAAAAGGAAGCCUUCAGUUCAACUCCCCUGGAGUCUGAGUUUGCAGCUGAGGGCAACGUCCUGUCAGCCAAGGAGGCGGCUGCCUUAUCGAAGGGCUCUGAGGAGUCUCUCUGUCAGUGCCCCUCUCGUGACCCCAGCUGUUUCCACCUGCUCAGAGAGACUGACAUCUAA